ACCCGCUACACUCCCCAUUUUUUCCUUUCAUCUCUCCUUCUGAAAUCUAAUAGAAGAUGGCUUCCGACGAGACCAUGACGGCCGUUCCCGACUUCGUCAAUGAUGAUGAUGAUGGUUUCGGCGAUACAAGGGUCCAUUUCAUGCCGGACGGGGACGGUAACGACGAUGACAGUGUUUACGACCACAUCGUCUACAGGCGGAUGCCGCGCCUCUCGAUCGAGACCUCGGACGGCGACGACGCCGACUCCGAGCUAUCGGGCGACGAGGAGGAGGAGGAGAGGAAGAAGAGCAUGCUGGCGUCGCUGGUGGAGGAGGUGAACUUCGGCAAGGAUUCGGCGUCGACGGCGUGGACUCCUCACCGAAGGAUGCCGUACAGGGCGGCGGCGAAGGAGUACGCAAGGGAGACGGAGGUGCGGGGGCGGAGAGGGAGCGGCGGCGGGGGAAGGGAGCGGUGGCUGCAGCGGGCGUGGGAGAUGAAGAAGAGGGCAGCGGCGACGGAAGGGUUGGACGGCAGCGCCGGCGCCGGAGGGGUGUGCAGGGUUUUGGUGCGGCCGAGGGGUGGGGUGGGGACGAUGUGUAUGGAUAUGGAGGAAGUGAAAGCGUGCCGGGAUCUGGGGCUGGAGCUGCCCUGUGAUUGGACGGUCGAGAUCCCCUGCGGCCACUUCGGAUCGACGGUGGAUACCACCAGCGGCGGCAAUUCCCCCGUAGCUAGCUGGACGAUCUCCAGCGCUGGUAAGAGCAAUGACCCAGAGGAUGUGAAGGCUAUGCUGAAAGUUUGGGCUCAAGUAGUGGCGUUUGCAUCGGCUUCUCGUCUCAGCGGUUGACUCACUCCUAAAAGUCCGAAACUGAAUGCCUAUAUACGUCUCCAAGUUCUGUUUGAUGCCCUUGGCCUGAUUUUUCGAGCUUUCUUGUGUAAAUUCCCUUCAUGGCUUCAGCAUUCUACAUGAGUUCCCCCUUUUCUCACUUUUUGUAAAUAAUAUUAUGGAUGAUUAAAUGAUACUAAGGAGCAUACACAAAAAUUAAGGAUAGCAUAUAUUAUGGUGAUUCAAAGGUUUUCCGGCAGCUCACUGACGAGGUUCCAGCCCAAGUGGUUGCUAUGCUUGGCCGUUGGGAGGCAUUGUGUAAAUUCCCAUAGAGGUGCUAUGGGAUGAGAUCGUAUGACCUUGUGCCGAGGAUAGACCAGGGGUCUUUGCAUCCUGCCUUUUGGCUUAUUUGUAAUUAAAAAAAAAAGAAAAAAAGAUUUUUGUAACUA